AUGAAAAAGAAGAUAUUACUAUUCAAGGUAGACUUUGAUAAGGCAUUUGACUCCGUUAACUGGAGUUUUCAUGAUGCAAUUAUGAAGCAAAUGGGGUAUGGUAUGAAAUGGUGCAAUUGGAUUCAUGGAUGCUUGACUUCAUCUAGAUCUUUAGUUAUUGUUAAUGGCUCUCCCACUAAAGAGUUUUCACUUGAGAAAGGGGUUAUGCAAGGAGACCCCCUAUCCAUAUUUCUAUUCAUAAUUGCUAUGGAGGGUCUCAAUAUAGCAAUGAAAUCUACCUGCGAUAAAGGGAUAUUUCAAGGUCUUAAAAUCCCAAAGUCAAACAAUAUGGUUUCGCAUCUCUUUUAUGCAGACAUUGCCCUCUUCAUAGGUGAAUGGACUGAAAAUAAUAUCAAAAACUUGGCACGAAUACUUCGCUGCCUCCAUAUCUCUUCAGGACUUAAAGUGAACUUCCACAAAUCAAAGGUGUUCGAAGUUGGUUCAUCGCUGCAUGAGACUUCCCGAAUGGCAGCCCCACUUGGGUGUCAACCUGCAAGUCUCCCGUUUACUUACCUUGGAGUACCGGUAGGUGCCAAUAUGAACCUCCAAAAGUAA